AUGGCGGUGAUGCAAUUCGCCGCCGACUUUGCUUUAAAAGAAUCCUCUUCUUCAGCUUCAACUUCGAAGUCAGACCAGGCACAGCUGGCGCUUGCCUGGAGCCGCCACUGGAUCACCACCAAGUUCGCCCGUCUGGAAACCAUUUUAGAACCGCUUUCAACUACUGGAAAAUACUGCGUCGGAGAUCGCCUGACCCUUGCCGACCUCUGCCUAGUUCCGCAGGUGUACAAUGCCCUACACUACGGCGUCGACGUUGAGGGCCAGUUUCCGCUGAUCAACAAGUUGUACAACAAGCUGCUAGCUGAAGAGGAAUGUAUCCGCUUGGGACGACCCGAGGCUCAGCCUGAUUGGGAUCCUCAACGAGAGCGAGACGUUUCGGGUUUCUAA